GCUGCCGACGGCGGCUCUUGUCGAGCCGGGGGGCGUCGGGAGGGAAGUGGUUCCAGGGAAUCUGACUCACAUCAGCUCCUUCUCCGCCGUCCUUGUCGCGUCUCGCAUCGUCCAAACUUGCGGGAGCACGCUGCGAUUAUAGAAACAACCUAGAGAUCCUGCGCUUUUGUUCGCAACUUCUUUCCCCCAAAGCAGGUUCCCCUCACUGAAUAGAGGACCUCAAAUCGUGGGACCUAUGCACUAUGCACUGUCUGUUUUUCUUUUUAACGGUUAAAUGGUGUUGCACGUGGCUUUUGCGGUAUCCUAGUAUACUUUUCUUCACAUUAUCAGCCUGCAACAUCCUGCAUCUGCUAUCGCCCUGGCAACCAGACCUCCUCUCCAUCAUUCUCCAGCGCUUCACCCCUCACCGUCAGCCUCAGCAAAAAACUCGAUUUUAACGCCCGUCCUUCACGAGGAGGAAGAUUUUUUUUUUCUUAACCCUUGAAAUCUCUUUUUUCUAUUUUUAUUUAUUUUUAUUAAAAAAAAAAAUAGUAAGGUUCAUGUGUCGGGGAAGUCUUUUCUGUCAGCCCCAAAAUGCCUGUGAGACGCGGUCAUGUUGCGCUCCAGAACACCUACCUGGACACUAUCAUCAGGAAAUUCGACGAGCAAAAUCGCAAGUUUUUGAUCGCCAACGCCCAGAUGAAGAACUGUGGCAUCAUCUACUGCAACGAAGGCUUCUGCCAGAUGUUUGGUUUCACCAGGGCGGAGAUCAUGCAGCAGCCCUGUACUUGCCAGUUCUUGGUGGGGCCCGGCACUAUGAACAGCGCCCUUACCCAGCUGGCACAGGCCCUGCUUGGCUCUGAGGAGCGGAAGGUGGAGAUUCUGUACUACGCUAAGGAAGGGACCUGCAGACCCUGCCUGGUGGACAUUGUCCCUGUAAAAAACGAGGAAGGUCAAGUCAUCAUGUUCAUCCUCGACUUCCAGGAGUUAAUUGACCCUUCGCUAAAAAAAUCCGGCCUCAAGCAGAGAGUAACCCAAGGAUGGAUUUACUGUCAGAAUCGCAGGCUGAAGAUGAGGCUGCCAGUGCUGCGGUCCAUGCGACAGCCUUCAGUUUCCAAAGAGCAGUUUGAAGGGGUUGUAGUGGACUACCUGCAGCCGAACAGCGAGGAGGUCCCGCUUAAAGAGUUUCGAAUCCCGUCCAAGGAGAGCUGCAUGCAGUCUGAGACAGAGGCUCUGAUAGAACAGGACCUGGAUCCUCCCUCUCCUGCAGCCCAGUCGUCCAUCAAGCGGCGCUCCCUACUGACAGACCGGCUGGAACCCGGUAUCGCCGUUCCCCGGGCUACUUUACCGCGGAGCUGUUCGCGGGACAGCGUCCACAGCCUUCGACGUGCCUCAUCACUGGACGAUAUUGAUGGCAUGAGGGCAGAAUGGAGCAGUCGAGCUGGAGACCCCCGAAAUAACAGCAAUUUGAAGCCCAGCGCUCUGAACUCCACAUCGGACUCGGAUUUGAUGAGACAUAGGACCAUCGGCCGCAUCCCUCAGGUUACCCUCACUUUCGGCUCAGAUCGGAUGAGACCUCCUUCGCCCACAGAGAUUGAAAUCAUCGCACCCAGCAAGAUAAAAGACCGCACCCAGAACGUCACCGAGAAGGUCACUCAGGUCACACAGGUGUUGUCCCUUGGCGCUGACGUGCUGCCAGAGUACAAGCUCCAGGCCCCACGCAUUCACAAAUGGACCAUCCUUCACUACAGCCCCUUCAAAGCAGUAUGGGAUUGGGUCAUCCUGCUGCUGGUCAUCUACACCGCCAUCUUCACGCCAUACUCGGCCGCCUUCCUUCUCAACGAGAUGGAGGAACAGCGGAGGAGAACGUGCGGCUACACCUGCAACCCGCUCAACGUGGUGGACCUGGUGGUGGACGUCAUGUUCAUCGUGGACAUCCUCAUCAACUUCAGGACCACUUACGUCAACGAGAACGACGAGGUGGUCAGCCACCCGGGGCGCAUUGCGCAGCACUACUUCAAGGGCUGGUUCCUCAUCGACAUCGUGGCUGCCAUCCCCUUCGAUCUGCUCAUAUUCCGCUCUGGGUCAGAGGAGCCUCAGACAACUACUCUGAUUGGAUUACUGAAGACAGCCAGACUGCUGCGGUUGGUGCGAGUGGCCAGGAAGUUGGACCGUUAUUCAGAAUACGGAGCUGCCGUCCUCUUCCUUCUCAUGUGCACCUUUGCCCUGAUCGCUCAUUGGCUGGCCUGCAUCUGGUACGCCAUCGGCAAUGUGGAGCGCACCGGCUCUGCACACAUCGGAGGCAUGAAGAUUGGCUGGCUGGACAACCUGGCCGACCAGAUUGGUAAACACUACAAUGACAGUGACGCAACCUCCGGCCCGUCCAUCAAGGACAAGUAUGUUACAGCUCUGUACUUCACCUUCAGCAGCCUGACCAGUGUGGGCUUUGGGAACGUCUCACCCAACACCAACCCAGAGAAGAUCUUCUCCAUCUGCGUCAUGCUCAUUGGCUCUCUGAUGUAUGCCAGCAUCUUCGGUAACGUGUCAGCCAUUAUUCAGAGACUGUACUCGGGCACGGCCCGCUACCACACCCAGAUGCUGCGGGUCAAAGAAUUCAUACGUUUCCACCAGAUCCCAGGAGGCCUGAGACAGAGGCUGGAGGAGUACUUCCAACAUGCCUGGUCCUACACCAACGGCAUCGACAUGAACGCUGUCCUAAAGGGUUUCCCCGAGUGUCUGCAGGCUGACAUCUGCCUCCAUUUGAACCGCAGCUUGCUGCAUAACUGCAAAGCCUUUCGAGGUGCCAACAAAGGCUGCCUACGGGCUUUGGCCAUACGAUUCAGGACCACCCAUGCUCCGCCGGGCGACACUUUGGUCCACAGUGGGGACAUUCUCACCGCCCUCUACUUCAUUUCCAGAGGCUCUAUAGAGAUCCUCAGGGACGACGUGGUGGUGGCCAUACUGGGAAAGAAUGACAUCUUUGGCGAACCCAUCAGUCUGUAUGGAAGACCGGGGAAGUCCAGCUCUGACGUCAGGGCCUUGACCUACUGCGACCUUCACAAGAUCCUGAGAGACGACCUUCUGGAAGUGUUGGACAUGUAUCCCGACUUUUCUGACAUGUUCUGGGGCAACUUGGAGAUCACUUUCAACCUGAGAGAUGUAGAUAGAAUAAACCAGCCAACCCCGAGCAGGGACUCUGAAUGCGGCUAUCGCCGGACAACGCAUCGGAGAAGCUCCCUGCGGCGUCGAAACCGGCCAGAUGGGAUGGACCGUGAGGACUCUUACCCUGAUCAGUCCUGUCCAAUGGCAAACCACCACCGGGGCACAACGGCAGGAUCCCACUGGGAAGACCUCUGCAGCAGCGCCAGUAUCUGUUCACAGUCUAGUGAUGAGGAGAUGAAGCCCAUGGGACUCAGCAAAGGGGAGCUAUAUCCCCCCGGAGGUGACACCAGAGACUACCCCCCAGCGGUAGCCAACAUCCUGCCUCACAGUGGACCCUCAGCUGGAAUGGGAGCGCCCGUAGACCUCGGAGGACAACCAUUUUCGACAGCAGCACCUAUCAGCAUGUCAGGCCUGUAUGGCUACUGGCCAGGCCGCAGAGCCAGCCAGUUCUCAGAGGGCCAGAGGCGGCCGUCAUCGGUCAGGGCCAGUUUCCACCCACCGCCAUGCGCUGAGGACCGGCCGAGCGAGCUAGAGUCCAGACUGGAGCUGUUGCAAUCCCAGUUAAACCGGCUGGAGACCCGUAUGACAGCGGAUAUCAACGUGAUCCUGCAGCUCCUCCAGAGGCAGAUGGCCCCCGUGCCUCCGGCCUACAGCGCUGUGUCCCCCAGCCCUCAUCCUCCUCACCCCACCACCUUGUACAGCACAGGGGCACCCACGAUUCACACUGUCCCCUCAGUCCAGCCAGUACAGAUCGACAGCACUGCCUCACUGCUACAGAGUCCAGACUCUGGCUUCAAGCACAAAUCCAAGGACUCCCUGUCCAGCGGGAUCCAUCUCACUGUGGCCUCAGAUGACACCCUGUCAAUGUCGCCGGAGGCGGAACCACCACAGCUGCCCUCUGUGAACCUCACCCCUCCGCAAUUGCCAGGGGUCCAAGAGCCUCCUGGACCGUCAUGUGGCAGCCAGCGCUUCCCCUCCCUCCCUGAGCACCUGGAGACCUCCACAGAGAUACAGGAGAUCCAGAGGCACGUCUCCGACCCUGUCCUGCCAGGCAGCUAGAAUACCACUCGCCACCACCCAAAAGCCUGGUCCUUUGGACGGGACGGCCAUAUGUUUCCCAAAUUGUUACUUCCUUCUCCCUCCCUUAAAAUCUCCUCUGUCCUGUUCAGAUGCUGCUGAAGAGCGUGGGAAGUGUUACCUUCCACGUCACUGAGGGCUCAGAGUGCCUACUGUUUCUUACAGACUCAACGGUGCCCUCACAGGCUGCUGUGGUUUCGCGCUCCAGCAGCCCUUCACUACCGAGCUCCUGUGCAAUGAAGAGAUCAUUCCUGCCCAGUUGGGGGGGGAAAUUGUGAAACAUGAGUUGAGAGCAAGCACACAAACAUAUACACGCGUCAAGCAGUCGACUGCAUCCUUGACUGAGGUUUACUUGAAGAGAGGUAAAAAAUGUCAAGGACUACUAAUAUGUUUCACGUGUGAAGAAUUAUCUGCAUUCACUUCGAAAAAGAAUUGCACAUUUAGAGUAUAGAAAAACUUUAAUCAUUUAUUUGGGACUGAAAUUAUUUUCAUAACAUUAGAGAUGUAUCGGCUACAUUAAGAGCCAUACAUCAAGUAAAUGUCAUAACUAGGAGUGUAAAAAGUUAUAGAUUCCCUGUUGUUUUGCUGUAUGUUGAAAAAAAUAUCAAAAGGCAUACCAUAACUGUCUGGCACACUGUGAAGGAUGGUGGGUCAAGGUUCAAGGUAGUGUUGGGAACAAGAUGGCAAGUGAAGCGUAAUUUUUCAUCUCGUAUUUCACGUUCUGACAUUUUGACACGAAUCAGAAGUGCUUGUUAUGUGUGACAUUUGAUCAUGAGAAGGUAUUACAACGUACACGGUCACGCAGAGCAGAAAGACUUCAAAGUUUCUAUGUACAUUUACAUGUAGCUCUUAGAGUUUUGUGUUGAUCAUGACUGCCACGCCUGGUGUCCCCCGUCUCUUUUUCUUUUUCUGUAUAUCUGCGCUGCUCAACUCAAAUGUGACAGCUAUUUUUGUGGCAUGGUCACACGGUUUUUUCUGAAAGUGCCAACAUUAUAGUGGUUGUUCUCCUGGUCAUCUUGAUUCACAUGGGACAGACCGUGGUACUUAAAGCGGGUCAAAGUAGCGGACGGUAACUGUCAGUCACACACAGAUGCAGAGACGUCAUCUCAAGGCAUCCUUUGGUUAAGACGAUUUCACAGUUCCAAAGAUGAGGUGAAUGUAAUGUCUUUUUGAGUAGUUAGAAUUCUAUAUAAUGUAUCUUGAAGCACAAAUUCCUGUUAUUUAUCUUUUUUAGAUUAAAGACACUGCAGACUUACAUUAGGACUCCAAAUUGGGUUUAUUUGACCAAAUGUUGACCUGGUUUGAGGUACUUACUCAACGUAACGAUGAUAUGCUAGCUGCGCCAACAAAUGUAAAAUCAUAUAGUGCAGAAGAAACCUAAUUCAGUUGGAGCUGGACUUAACGGAGACACUGAAGGACUUUGAUGGAUGACCGAGGAUGCAUUCAGGGACAGAUAUGCAGAGUUAGACCGGGAUUGGCUGUGAUGUGUUAUGCGGCUGCUUUUAAUGCAGGUAGACAGAUUAGCAUUCGUCACACGGUGCAUUAUUUACUGAAGUUGCCCCACUGGAGUGCCAAGGCUGGUGAGCCAACAACCUUGGAUAACGCUGUCAAGACGGUUGAGGGGAGGACUGACUUGUACACACUGAUGCAAAGCAACAAAGUACAUUUACACAAUUACUGUUCUCAAGUACAAAUUUGAAGUACGACACUUGAGUAUGUAGGUUGGGAACCACUGGACUAAACUACCUAACUGUAUGGUAAAACUAGCUCCACCAAUAAAAGUGAAUUCAUUUUGCUGAUAA